AUGGAUGGAGUUUGGGUGGAUGACCUGAACAAAGUGAGUAAUGCUUUCCUUCAAUUUUAUUCUGGUUUGCUGGGUUCGAAGUUACCAAACAGGAAGUCAGUCAAUCAAAGGAUAAUUAAUCUUGGGCCGAUUUUAUGUGAGUCUAGGAAGGAGUUUUUAUUGCAAGUUUACACUGAGGAGGAUGUGAAAGAGGCUCUUUUUGAUAUCCCAGGUAGUAAAUUCCCUAGACCUGACGGAUAUAGCAGUUAUCUUUUUCAGGAUAAUUGGGAGCUGGUCAAAGAAGAUGUUUGUACAGUGGUGCUAUCUUUUUUACAUUCAGGUAAAUUACUCAAGGAACUAAACUCCACUAUACUUACUCUUAUUCCUAAGACUAAGUGCCCUGAUAGUGUGAGUGAUUUUAGACCUAUUGCAUGCUGUAAUGUGCUUUAUAAGGUUGCAACCAAUAUGAUUUUCUCUAGGCUUAGGCAGAUUUUACCUGAAUUGGUAGGACAAAACCAUAGUGGCUUUAUUCAAGGCAGGUUCAUUGCCUAUAAUAUUAUGGUAGUACAAGACUUGGUGAGACACUAUGGACGGAAAGGAACAAGACCAAAUUGUAUGAUCAAGUUAGAUCUUCGGAAAGCAUAUGAUACACUAGAAUGGGGCUUCAUUGAAGAAAUGCUUUCGGCCCUGAAUUUUCCAGCAAGUUUUAUCCGCUUAGUGAUGCCAAAAGGAGAUCCUAUGUCUCCUCUGAUAUUUGUGCUCUGUAUGGAAUAUCUAUCUAGACUUCUAUCAAAGGUGGGACAAAAAGAGGACUUUAAGUACCAUGAUCGCUGUUUGGAUUUGAAAAUGAACCAUCUCUGCUUUGCAGAUGAUAUUUUAUUCUUUUGUCAUGGGGACUUUAAGUCCAUUUACUAUUUACUCCAAGGGCUGAAGCUAUUUUCGAUGACUUCUGGUUUACAACCAAAUGAUUCCAAAACAAGCCUUUACUGUUGUGGAAUGGAGGAUACUGAGAUUAAGAGAGUCCUGGAAGCUUCGGGGUUUUCUCGAAGUGAGAUGCCUUUUAAAUAUUUGGGAAUCCCAAUUUGUGCUAGAAGACUUUCAGCAUCAGAAUGUGAAGUGUUGGUGGAAAAAAUGACUCAAAAAAUUCGAGUUUGGGGAUCUCGGAAUAUCUCUUUUGCUGGUCGGGUCACUUUAAUAAAUUCUGUACUCAUCUCCAUUCACUCUUAUUGGGCACAAAUCAUGGUAAUUCCAAAGAGAGUGCUAAAAAAGAUUAAUACCAUUUGUAGGUAUUUUUUAUGGCGAGGUAUUGCUGAAUCAUACACUCCGGGGUAUGUAGCAUGGGAGCAGCUAUGUAAAUCAAAAUCUGAAUGGGGUUUGGGGAUUCGAAACUCUUUGCUCUGGAACACGAUAGCAAUUGCAAAAUAUGUUUGGGCUAUAGCCUCAAAGCAAGACAAUUUAUGGGUAAGGUGGAUACACAACGUCUAUUUGAAAGAUGAGAAUUGGUGGGACUAUAUUUCUCCUAUUAAUGGUAGUUGGUACCGGAAGCAGAUUGUCCGAGUCAAAGAAAAAUACAAACUACUUUCUAACUGCCAGGCUCUAAUGAUAGGGAAGUAUAGUGUCAACAUGGGUUACAAGAUGCUUUGUGGGGAGCAAGAGAAGGUGACUUGGCACCGAGAGGAUUCAACUUGUUUUUUCUGUGAUGAAAAUGUUGAGACAGCAACACACUUGUUUUUUGAGUGUGAAUUCAGCUCUAGAUGCCUAUUAGAGAUCAAUAAAUGGUUAGAUUGGAGAGUACAGAAUAGCCCUCUGCCUGAGCUGCUGCGGUGCAUCUCAAGGGUGAAGAUUCAGCGUUUCAAGAAGAAGGUGAUGUGA